GGGUGUACCAGUCCUGGUGCCUCUGGCCCCUCUCUUCACGGUUCCACCCUGAGGUCCUGACACUAGGCUAAGCGCUCUCUCUUUACAGGCCUUACUGCUGCCAGCUCUGUUCGGUGCUGGCUGAUCAUGCGCUCUGUGAGGUGGCCCCCUCUGCCCGCCCAUGACCUGGACACCCUGGAGGCCAAGAUGGAUGGCCUGCACCGUAAACUGGACCAGCUCUUGUCCCGGAGCUCUGCAGGUGGAGAAAGCGGCUGCCCCAUGUGUGCCAUGUGCAGCCAGCACAGCAGGGAGCAGGAAGCCACAGCCAGCCAGCUCUCAGCUCAUGCCAAGCUCCUCGAGUCUUUGGACAGGAAAGUCAUGGAGGUGAGGACCUCACUGGAAGAGCUAGCACGCGAGAGACUGUCUGACAAUAUGUCAGUGCCAGUGGCAGCUCUGCAAAGAAGGAAAUCUUUGCCUGUAAGAGCCUCAGUGGAUGAAGUAUAUGUGCGGCUUGAUGUGCCUAAAGAUCAGAAAGUAAUACAACCUGAUUUUAACGUGCCCCAUGGAAGAGGUCAGACAGGCAUCCUGAUUGAAGACAGUGAAGGGGAGGGAGUGAAAGAAGUAGGGUGCUUGCUUAAAGGUGACCCAGCAGAGGUCAAAGUUCAGCAUGAGCCUAAGUCACAAAAAGAAGUUGAAAAAGAUUUAUCAGCACUGCUGCAUAUGACCCCAACAGAUGAAGCAACACUGUCAUCAAGCUCACAAAGUUCAAUAACAGCAGGGGUAGGUCUCUGCUUGUCUGCAGUGACCUCAAAGGCGCUUACAUCUCCACCAAUAGCUGUACCAAAAAUAACUGUUACAAAUAUGACAAACCCAAGCAUCACAUCAUCACAGACGCAAACAGCAGCAAAGGUGACCGCAGUGGUUGAUCCUGGAAAAUGUGAUGCAUCUUUCUCUAAUGGUACAGCCAUGUGUGCUGCUGUAGCAGGACCUACAGUACUGGUGCCCUAUCAGAAAAUGCCAAAAACAGCUGGAUUUCCUUUUGCUGUGACAACCGCAGCUCCCAAAAUGUUCACCUCUGUGAGCAGGAAUGCACCGCAGUUCACUGUAAAAGACAUCACAGCACCACCACCAUCUGUCCUUAAUGCACAAAAGGCAAGUUUGGGUGUUCCUGUUACAGUAUCCCAAGUCACAGGGGUGUCUUCAGCUAAUGUACUGUCACCCCAAACAUUAGCAGCGGACUCAAAAUCGGCCCAGAUAAAUGGCAUAGCAGCAAAAAUGACAGCAGCAGGAGAUAAAACACUACACGGAAAUCACCUCCCAAAGACAGCGGGACAGACCACUCCACUCACAGCAGUGACUUCAGUCUCGGUCACCUCCAAGCCCAGUAAUGCGUCCCUGCUCUUGCUGACUGAGAGAGCUUCAGCAAGCCAUAAACCUCCCAAGGUGCCAAACAUGGAUGCCUGCGUUGCAACGUUGCAAACCUUCGACAAGUCUACCACAAAUUCCCAAACAGCAAAUCCGCUGGCAACAAAAGGCUGUACGUUAUUGCCAUCGAGCACUGUUGCCGUGGUAGCCCCUGGGGCAGUAGCUGAAGGUGUCUCCCUCAGGUUUCAAGGCCUCAGAGGGAAGUCAGAUUCUGCUCACACAGUCACGCCACCACUGGUGAAGCCUGCAGCCACAGCCGCCAUGGCUGGGGGUAUUCAGAUUAGAAUAAAUGCAGCAGAAGAUAAAAACAAGGCUCUGACCAAGACACCCCCCAAAACAUGCUUCAAAAUAAUAGAUGAUGUUCCUCCACAGCCGGCACCCUUUCCACACAGGUGUGUGUCCCUGAGAUCCAACCCACCAGGGGACGCCUUCAGCAUCCAUACAGACGUGCUGGGAGGUGGACGUUUUGGCAAAGUGCACAAGUGCACGGACAAUAACACGGGGCUGAGACUGGCAGCAAAGAUCAUCAGUGUAAGAAGUACCAAAGAGAGGGAAAUGGCGGUGAAUGAGAUCCAGGCAAUGAACCAGCUGAGUCAUUUCAAUAUACUGCAGCUCUACGACUCCUUCGAGACUAAGAACCAAGUCGUGCUGAUCCUGGAAUAUGUGGAGGGAGGGGAGCUGUUUGAGAGGAUCGUGGAUGAGAGUUGUCCCCUAACUGAAGUUGACGCCAUGGUGUUUGUGAAGCAGAUCUGCGAGGGAGUCCAGUACAUGCACCAGAUGUAUGUCCUUCACCUAGACCUAAAGCCUGAGAACAUCCUUUGUGUGAAUCGGUCAGGUCAUCAGAUCAAGAUAAUUGACUUUGGGCUUGCCAGAAGGUACAAACCUCGAGAGAAGCUCAGAGUCUCAUUUGGAACACCAGAGUUUCUGGCCCCGGAGGUGGUGAACUUUGACUUUGUCUCCUUCCCUACAGACAUGUGGACCAUAGGGGUCGUAACAUACAUGCUUCUAAGUGGACUCUCUCCCUUCCUGGGUGAUGAUGACCAUCAGACUCUCAACAACGUGCUAACAGUCAACUGGUACUUUGAUGACGAUGCUUUUGAGCAUGUGUCAGCUGAGGCCAAAGACUUUGUCUCCAACCUGCUGAUCAAAGAGAGGGGUGGUCGUCUCAGUGCUACUCAGUGUCUUAAGCACCCAUGGCUGAACAACAUAUCAGAGAAAGCAAAGAGCAGUAAUAUCAUUCUGAAGUCGCAGGUUCUCCUCAAGAAAUACAUGGCCAGGCGGUUAUGGAAGAAAAACUAUAUUGCAAUAGCAGCAGCCAACAGAUUUAAGAAGAUUUGCAGUCCAAGGUCUCCUACCUUCCUGGGAGUCUGAAAAGCCUCUGCUCACAUAUACCACUUGUAGUGUUUUUCAUUAUGUAUGCUUGGUCAUUAAUUAACAAGAUGAAACAUGGUUGUAUAAGUAAGGCUUUUAACACCGAUAGACCACCAUUACACUGGACAUCAGGCUAAACAGGUGGUAGACAUGGUCAUCUCAAGCAUAACAGACAAACAAACCUCAAUGUUAUCUUAAUGAGUUGAUAAAAUAGAAGGGUUCCUGGAUUACAGGGAUAGAAAGGCACCAUGUUUGUGUACAGGAUUUGUACUGCAAAAGAUAGGAAUGUGAAAAAAUGAGAACAGCUUUUUUUUUUUUCUUCUGCAAAUACCUCGUGGCAAAUGGUAAUGAAUAUAUCACAUGGGUUUUACUAAGAAAUUGUAGGGAUAAGGUUGCAAAAAUUAAAGAUACCCUUAGUCUACAGCAACAGAAAGUAAGCAAAAAGAAACACCAUUAAAAACAAAGCAAGCUUACCAUAAAUAAGGUAUAAAGUGUUUUUCAGGAACAGUACUUCAUUUUGUUAUUAUUAAAUAUGGUGUGACUGAUGUGUGAUUUGCUUAAGAUUAAACUCAGACAAUGUCUUACUGUUAAAAUGAAUUGUUUGUUAAACUGAUUCAAAUGCCUUUCAUUAGGAUAUGAAUUUUGUUGAUUUUAUAUACUUAGACUCAUUGAAUUGUACAUAACCAAUUUCUAAGUUGUUUUUAAUAACACAAUUUUUCAUUCACAGUGGCCGCUCAAUCUUUUUAGAGAGAAAUUCUACCUUUUAAAGCUAUAAUAUACAGAAAUACAUAAACGAUAUGUUCGAAAUGACGACAACGUGGCGCCGUUUUGUAUGAUAUGAAAAUGGACAUUCGCUAGCGAAUUAACACUUAGGCUUAAGUGUGAAUUCACACUAAAGCUCAACACAGAUAUAAUAAUCUAACAAACUUUAAAACCUCUGCUUACAUAUGCUUAUGAGAGUCAGGCUGCAUUGCUUGUAGUCUACUAUAAAAAUGAGAGAUUAAGAUGUGUAGCCCAUAACUGCUGGCUUUUUGCCACUGGUUUUAAACUGCGCCAUACGGAAGCGCGCUUAUGUUCAGAAUUAGUUUAUAGAAUGUUCCCUUUCCGCAGAGGUUUUGUCUGAGUGAUGUGUUCAUUUACUUCUAAGAAAUCUUUCAGUAAACGAUUACAGUGAAUUGGCAUGAAUCGCUAUGAGUCGUGUAUUUCCGAGUGUCACUUCUUCAUGCUAAACCACAAGUAAGAAUUCUUCUGAUGGCUUUGUACAUUACUAAUUAAAUCACCCAAGACACAACAUGGUUCCGAAAACCUUGAUCAUCUG